CAGAUUUCCUUUAUCAAUACAGCAGUAAGUUUAGUUUAGAUUUUGCACAAUGAAGCUGAAGUUUGUGAUAUUGGCCGUUCUGCUCUGCGUGGUUUCUAUAGCUGGAGUUACUGCUGCCGGAAAGCGACGGAAAAUUAUCAUUCACGUGCCAGUUAAGGUAAAGCAACAAAAACAUAUACAUACACAGGUUAAGACUGUUCAUCAUCAUCAUAAGCCAACUGUUAUUAAAGAGGAAAAAAUAAUAAAGAAAGAAGUACAUAAACCGGUUGUGAUUAAGGAAGAAGUCGAGCAUGAACAUUUUCACCACCAUUAUAAGCACGAUCACCCUACCUUUGAAAUCGACGGACACGAGUCACUUGGUGAAGGCAACGAUUUUAGUGGACUAAAAUUCAACUGACCGUUUCUACAGAUGCAAUAAAAGGAACUCAAAUGUAUGUGUAGUGUAGAAUGCCUUGCAUAAGUGUAACAACUAAACUUGAUAUUAAAUUAUCCCAA